UUUAUUAUGUCUUCACUGAAACAGAUACUCCAUGCUUUAUAGAUUCGAGCUGCUUCCGGCGUACGGGUUAUUUGUGUAACUGGGAUUCAGCGGGUGUCCAAGAUAUCCGCCAAAGCUGCCAUGUUUGGAUUAACCUUGCGCAUUCUUAGCGCCAGUUUCACGCGUGGGUCACCUCGCCAAUCACUGGCAGUGAAAGAAGAAUCUAUUUAAUUGCAAAAAUGGCAUUUGCUCUGAGAUAUGCUUUACGCAGUGUGACGGCGAUUGCAAGCCAGACGUCUCAGUUAUGUGCCGCACGCUCCGCGCUUCUUGCAUCGCGUAUGGGCGUCGUUCAGGUGACACAACACGCACCGGAUUUCAAGGCAAAGGCGGUCGUAAACGGGCAGUUUAAGGACGUCCAGUUAUCGGAUUACAGCGGGAAGUACUUAGUACUGUUCUUCUACCCACUAGAUUUUACCUUCGUUUGCCCUACGGAGAUUAUUGCGUAUUCGGACCGCGCAAAUGAAUUCCGCCAAAUCGGUGCCGAACUUGUAGCCAUUUCGAUCGACUCGCAUUUCUCACAUCUGGCAUGGAUUAACACACCUCGCAAACAGGGUGGCCUUGGGGGAAUAAACAUUCCGCUUGUUGCCGAUGUAAACAAGAAAAUUGCUGCUGCUUAUGGGGUACUUUUGGAAGAGGCGGGCAUCGCCUUGCGAGGUCUGUUUAUUAUUGAUCCGAAGGGUGUCAUCCGACAAAUUACGAUCAAUGAUUUCCCAGUCGGACGGUCGGUUGACGAGACUUUGCGUCUCAUCAAAGCGUUUCAGUUUGUUGAAAAACAUGGAGAAGUAUGCCCCGCUGGAUGGCAGCCUGAUUCCCCUACGAUCAAACCUGAUCCGCAACAGAGCCAGGAGUAUUUCAACAAGGUUAAUUAGAUUACGGUGGACCUGGAAUGAUUUUUCAUUGAGUAAACCGCGAUUUCGUCCCGUAGGAGAUCAACGGGUUUUCUAGAGGAAAGGAAAUGGCCGUGCAAUUCCUGUGAGAUACAAUUUUUUUUUUUGGAAUCACCUGAUCCUACGAUGCCCAUUCUCGUAACGGAAUUACCUGUAUCAUCUUGAACGUGAAACUAUGGUUUAAAAUGGGCUAUCCAAAAACACCUUUUUGAACAGAAGCAGAUAAUCAGAAAAGUCCAAUUAUGAAUGAUCCGAGAUAAUUAUAUUGGGUUAUUUGUUGUGAAUUCAAGCCACGAGUAUGAGCUCAAAAGCGGGCAACUAAAGCCAUAUUUAAUUAAAUGUAUUAGCCUAACUGGUUAACAACUAUUUGAAUGAGACCACGAUGCCACUAAAGGAUACUAUUCCCUGUGAGUUAUUAUGACUGGGCAAGUUAGAUAACGCAUUAGACAUACUGUUCUCAACGUAUAGCUUGAACCCACACGCUGUUGAAUUUUAUUAAGAACAUGUUACUAUGUAUUCAUAUAAACUAAUUGCGGUAAUAAAUUACAAAGAUUGUUAGGUACGAAUAUGAAGACCAAAUAAAUGAUUUAGUUCUUAUAUGAU